CGCAUAAUCCCUUAACUUACCCUCCAGCACAAACAAUCACAAAUAAAAUGGCCACCCCAUCCAACCAACAAUCCCCCGCAACACCAACAUACAUCCUCCGCGGCCAUGCAUCCCCAAUCCACGCCCUGCAUCUCUUCGCCAACAACCUCCGCCUCAUCUCCGGCGAUGCAGAAGGUUGGAUCAUCGUCUGGGAUAUGGUGAGUAAGCGGCCGGUGGUCUCGUGGAAGGCGCAUGGGGGUGCGGUUUUGGAGGCAAAGGGGUUUGAGUUUGGUGGGGAUGGGACGGCUGUUUAUACGCAUGGACGAGAUCACAAGUUACGUGUUUGGAGGUUUGGGGUGAAGGAUGAGGGGUUUCUUGAUAAAACUCUUCCGGUUGAUGUUAAGGAGGGAGAGGCCGUGCAGAAUCAACCGUGGAUGUUACAUUCGCUCCCGGUUAAUGCGUUAAAUUUCUGUGCAUUUGAUAUGAUUUUUCUUGAGGCUCCUAGUCCUGGUGACGAUGUGAAACAGGAAGGACCAUCUUCGGAUACCCAGUCACCACCGAGCAGCACAUCUCAACCACCCGUGCUCUUCGCGGUCCCCAAUGCUCUCAACUCCGGCGCAAUUGAUAUCUUCCAUCUGCCCCUAGAACGACGAGUCUCGACCAUCCCGGCAGACCCAGCCACGAGCACCGGAAUGGUCAUGGCAGUUCGUUUAUUACUGUCCUCCGGAGAACUAUACGCCACAUCCGCCUACGAAGACGGCCAGGUAAUGGUCUUUGUCCGACGUGGCCAGCUAACUGAACCAGAGAUUUCGUCCAGCGCGAGCGGCAAAGGCACUGCUUGGAAAUGGGAGAAGCUUUAUGCGAGCAAGCCGCAUACACAACCAGUCCUGUCGAUCGAUAUCGCUCCGUCUAAAGAUUACUUUCUCUCUUCUUCUGCCGAUUCGGUACUUGUGAAACAUCUUAUUCCUGAUGCGAGUCUUGUAGGCGUGGGUCAUGCAGAGGAAAAGGCAUUGAAAAUGAUUAGCACGAAACAUGCCGGGCAGCAAGGUCUACGUAUACGUUCUGAUGGGAAGAUCUUUGCUACUGCGGGGUGGGAUUCCAGGACUAGGGUGUAUUCGUGCAAGACGAUGAAGGAGCUCGCUGUGCUUAAGUGGCAUAAAGAUGGGUGUUAUGCUGUUGCGUUUGCGGAGGUUUUCGGUAAUGAUUCUACUGCUUCGCCUACGACCGAUGCAGGGUCCAAACCAGGAGAGAAGAAAGAAACGCAAUUUAUGAGACGCAACGAGGGAUCACUCGCAACAGUCCGACAACAAAGAAAUCAAAAGACACAAAAAACCCAUUGGCUAUCUGUUGGCUCGAAAGAUGGAAAGAUUUCAUUAUGGGAUAUCUAUUGAAAUGAUCGCUUUCUACAACUUCUAUAUACGGGCUAGGCUAGGCAAGGUUAAACUCGCUCGCCCCAGCCAUAUGCUCCCUCAUCUUGGCCUUCAUCUUCUUCGCUGCAAUAGAAGCAUCUGUCUGUGUCGGGAUAUC